AAUCGCUCUCCCGCUCGCUGCGAAGUUUUGCCAGACUUAAUUGUCAGAUCCGAUGGAUUCGAAGCAUCGCUAACCAGGGGAAGCGGAUUAAGGGGAACCGACCCAAAUAUUAUGAAACGGGGUCCUUGUGGUUCCUACACUGAGGGAUGGGCGAAACAGCUGGAGCUAUUUGGUUAGGAAAAAAAAUGGAGAAAACACUAGAGAAGCAGGCGCUUGCAAAGAAUGUUAUCCUACAUUCCUUACUCUGCACUUCUUCCCCUUCCAGAAUUAUGAGAGAGAAAGAUGGCACAUUAAAGUCCUUUUGAUGAGAUUUGGAAGUACAAUUAUUGCUUUUCUGGAAUUCUACAUGGUGGACUUAAGACAUAUUUAGACAAAUUGUGAAAUCAGAAUUUGCAAGUUGGAUGAAGACAUGAAAGUAUAAAAGACCAGGAGACUCCUAUAGUUCAAAAAGCUGGAUGAAUUCUUCCCAUUUCAUCAAAUACCACAGCAGAAAAAUUUACAAGAAAGGACAACAAUUUAUAGACCUGAAGGUACACCAUUUCCAAAGGAAACUCCUGCUCUAGAAGACAUUAAGAUGUUGGACAGAGCUACUCCUUUCCUUUUCCUCCACUUUGUCAUGAGUUCCUUUUCUUCUCCUCUCUAUCCACCACUCAGAUAUAAUCCACUAUCCAUUUCUGGCAAAGCAGGGAGCUUUCAACUACAAGAUAGUAGUCCUGUGCACGAAAGCCACAAUCUUUCAGUAGAAGAGCAAGAAGAGAAUUUUCUCAGCCCUGCUGAAAAAAGACUCCAGCGUCAUGCAGAUGCCAUAUUCACUGAUAGUUACCGGAAGGUCCGAGGAAAGGUAUCAGCACGGAAGUUAUUACAAGGCAUAGUUGGAAAAAGACUUAGGAAAGGAAGCCUGGGAGAUGAGCAACAUGAAAUCUUGACUAGACGCCAGUCUGAUAGCAUUAUGAUGGAUAGCCGCUACCACCAACAGAUGGUACUCAGGAAUUUCUUGGGAGCAAUGUUACAGAAUCAAAGCCCUCAAGAUGUUGAUAAUGACAAUUUAGAAGAUUUUACCAGUGUUUUGAUCAAACUGAUGGAGCUGUAAACUGAUUCCAUUCCUUCCCUUUCUCACUUUGGUCAGUACCAUUCUCAGGUUUGGCAUAAAUGCAAGAAUUUCAGUGGGAGGGAGGGGGGAAGGUUUCUAAACAUGUAGAAAGAAAUGAACAGGACACCUCACUGAUAACCAAUAUUACUUCUUCUAUAAACACAGGACAAAAAUUGAAAGCAGAUGUUUAUAUGUGGAAUUGUUUCCUGUUUAAUUUAUGCCAGAUAAGAAUGCUUAAUGUAUAAUAGUCUCAUUUCAGUUUGAAAAAUAAAUGGCCGCUGUAGCAAAAUGCUAUAUCCAAAUAAUUUUAUUCUAUUAAGACUCCAUAAUCAACACCACUGAGUUGUCUGACAUAGUUAAAACAAGGGGAUUGUACUGAGAGUUUAAAUUGAGAAGUGCUGAAUGGAAAGCAUUCGUUGACUUCUGAUUUCAGCACCAUGGACAGUUUUUGAUUGCUAUGCAGUCUUGAUAGCAUGUAAAGAAUUUGUCAGAGGUUUUCUGAUUCUUCAAAGUGUAUUUUAACUGCUUUUUAUCAUCCAAAUUUUUCUUGUAUUUUCACACAAAAUAUGGAAAUGCUCUUCUAUAAUUACUUGAAGCAUAAGCUUAAUAAUGUUUGCUUUAGAAAGUCACAAUAUAAUAAAAGAAAUUGCAGUUGGCUAGACCUUUUGUCUUAUUCUCUUUAUUUCAUGAAGGAGGCGGUAGAAAAAAGAUUUUUAAAAAAUGACAAUCUGGGAGCCCAUCUGUUUUUAAAGUUCUUGCUGACUGACAAGGUGGUUGUACCACAAAUCAAAGUACUUACACAUUCAAGCAAACACAAAAUGUGAGGGCAUUUUUCUUCUUAAAAAACACUUUUUAAUAUUACAGGCAAUUAUUUUCCACACUUCAGUUUCUGGCCUUUGGCUC